GCGUGCGCAUAGCGCGCGUGGGUCCUAAAGUGGUGGUGUUUCGUGGGUUAUCUUUGCAAAUGGGCUCCUCGGCCUAGCGCCCUGGGCGUUGCCACCCCGUGGCCUUGCACGAAGCCUGCAAGGAAGGGGUUCUCCGCCGAGCGCCUCGGCCCUGAAGCAUGGCAGCCAUCCCUUCCAGCGGCUCGCUCGUGGCUACCCAUGACUACUAUCGGCGACGCUUGGGCUCCUCGUCCAGCAACAGCUCCGGCGGAAGUGCCGAGUACCCUGGGGACGCCGUACCCCAGUCCCCGGGUCUUCCUAAAGCCGACCCGGGCCACUGGUGGGCCAGCUUCUUUUUCGGGAAAUCCACCCUCCCAUUCAUGGCAACAGUGUUGGAGUCUCCCGAGCGGCUCCAAGUGAUUGGGUAUUUCAAUCACUCCCCACUGGGCACCAGAAACCACAGAGCAGAAAUUUAUCUUGAACUUUCUAGGUGAGGCUCCUCCAACAAAGCCAAGGUUAUAAAGAGAAAAUCACGUAAACUUGUUCUGGGUUUUAUGUGGCAUAAGAUCCUGUGGAAUUAAGGUGCUAAAGGGUGGGGUAUGUGUUUGUGGACAGUCAAGCUCAAAAAGUGGUAUGAAAAGAACUCCACAAGGCCUGUUGUCUAGACUCUUCUUGGCUUCUCUGUCACAUGAAGUCUUCACAGGAGAAGGGAGGAAGAAGUCAGAGAGUGACUUCCUGGAUUUUGUGUAUUGCCUCCUGGAGGAGGAUAAUCAGGAAAGGAACAUGGCUGCCUCUUUACUCUUUCCUUGAUGACACGCAGUAUUUGAGGUGUGUUUGGUAUGUUUCCUAUCUCUUCAUCUCAGUAAACUGAAGGAUGGUGCAUGCCUUCAAUAGAAGUCCAGGAAAAUCACGAGGCCCUCUUCUGUGGGUCCUGGCCACGUCCAAGGAGCUCAGACCAGGUUCUCAUACCUGGUGAUACCUGUGAGUUUCUCACACAGGUCUUUGAAGCAAGGUCUCUGCUUGGGGUCUCUGCUCCAACAGCUGAGCAUCAGUUUGUGUAUGUUGGGUGGGCACUCCAGAGGGCACGGCAUGCGGUAGCCGGCAUCCACCCUCAGGAAGGUUUCAUGGUUGGACAUGCCUGUGGCCCAUGGGAGAAGAGAAAUGAGAGCUAGGAGACUGAUUACUGGAAGCCACACCCAGCUGCCUUUGGCUCUCCUCCCUGGAUGCUGACCCCUGCUAGAAUGACCACCAUCAUGCUCUGGAUAUGUUGUAGCAUACUGUCCAUGGAUGUUCCCUUCCCUGUGGACGGUGUCUCCGGGAAAUGAUCCCAGAAGCAUGCUCCCGGAUGCUCAAGGAAUGGGGUCUGGUUGAGGCCCUGGGAAGCACCUCCUGUCAUCUCUGUCACCCAUUCAAGACCUGCCCUGACUCUACCUCACUAUUUGUCACCCCUGGAGACAUUCUUGGGGCAAUACCUGGGUAGGGCAUCUGCCCCCUGCUGAAAAUUUCAUGAAGGAGAACUCCAAACGACCAGACGUCAGACUUGAUGGAGUAAUGCCCUCGGGAAAGUGCCUCAGGUGCUGUCCAUUUGUAGGGGACGUUGUGCUCAUGGGAAAGGUAGAUGUCCUCCUGUGGUAAGAUGUCUUAUGGUAGGACCUGACACUAGAGGGAGCUGCCACUUGUACCCUUCUUGUGUAGCAUUGACAAGCAUGGACUCCAAGGUCCUGGUGGGCAGGGACAACCACAUUGCCUAUUGCUGCCUGACCCACUGACACCACCCCACUGCUACCGUGGGUAGCUGCCACCAAUGCUGCCAGAACCAUGGCUAGGCCCAGUAAAAGUACCAAUUCACUGGGAUUCUGGGUCAGGGAAAGACAAGAGCAGAGUUGCAAUGCAUCAAAGUACAUGGCUAUGUCUGACUAGGUUCUCAAAGCUAGAUCAAUAGGGCAUGAAUAAGGCUAUGGCUGUAUAGAUAAAGCCAUCUUGCUUGCCUAUUAACACCACCCUAUCAAGAACCCAUCUUGUUUAUGGCUAGGUUCAGCUCAAGGCUUGGGAGAUAAAGCCCCACAUCCUGCUUCUGUCUUCUACCCCCAAGGGCCUACCUUGACAAGCCUGGCCAGCCCAAAGUCCCCCACUUUGCAGAGAUUGUUCUCUGUAACAAGAACGUUCCUCGCAGCCAGGUCACGGUGGAUGUAAUUCUGAGAUUCCAGGUAGCACAUGCCCUCAGCAACCUGUGAUGCAAAGUCCACCAGCUCCAAAAUAGGCAGGGCUUUCUCAUCAGAGUCUGUAGGGUGAUCAAAGGCCAUAGUCAGCUGGCCAGAGACCAGUCCUCGUUUACUGUGGCUUCGAAGGCUACAGCAAAGAGCAGCUGGCUUGGCUUAAUUGCAAAGUGGGAAGGCCUAGACCUUCUGCAGUUAUGUACCUAGAGACAAAGAGCAUAUUCUUUGUCUGACACCCUUUCUGGGAAUCAUAAAGCAAUCUAAGGUCAAGAGCAUUGCUGCAAGAUAUUCUUGGUAUGUAGCCAUUGAACACUCUAGAUAAUGCACAGCCAGCAAGUGCUACACCUACAAGGGGCAUGAGUUUCGUCUCUAAAAACUUCUUCCUGCAGAAACUGCUUAUGGGAUCAAGCUCUUUAUGAGAAACAUAAAGAAAGAGAGAGAAUUUAGAGAGAAGCUGGUGGGCUGAAGCAAGUCACUAGCAGGCUACACAAGCCUACAGUAAAGUAGCCUCAGCUAACUGGGGAUAGAAAUUGUG